UUAGAUCGUCAGAGGUUUAAUUAGCAAAGCCAGCCAAAAGGAGCUCUCUGAUCGAUGGGGUCCUUCGCCAGAGCAGCUCGUUUCCUGGUACUCCUUCAGAUCGCGCUGUUCGUCGUCUCCGCUGUCAUUAUGAGCGGCUCCGUCUGCCAAGGAGCCGGAGGGAUCAAUGGUGGCGCUCUGGACCCUAAACGUCCUGCAGUGUGCAUCAACGGAUCGUGCGGACGUGGUGAUCCCUAUACUGGUCGACCGUGCAGUGUAAAGUACAGGUGCAUACCACCGGCUGUUAAGCCAUAAAACCAGCAGACCCAUGACCCCUUCCAGAACCAGAAUAAUAGAAGGAUAUACUGCUCGACUUUGAUGAAUGCAUCCUUCUAACAGUACAACUUAAUUACUGUCACGAUCUUGUAUACUGAACUUGUAUACUUUAAGACCGCAAAUAAAGUUUGGAUAUGUCGCACUGUUAUGAAUGGUUGUGAUGACUGAGGCUGCAAGUUAAACGAAAAAUGAGUUCAUGGGUCUCCA